AUAUUUCAGUGCCCAGUGGCAAUUUAUUAUUAUUAUUUAUUAUUAUUUAUUGUAAUUUGUAUUUCAAUAGAUGCACAAGGUCAACAAAAAAUGACAAAAAACAUAACCAUGCUUCGUAAUAUCAACAAAGUUUUUACAAGAGGAAUAACUACAACUGCCUCAAAUGCAAAAAUAGUUUUAAUCAAUCCUAUUCCAAGAUCACAAUUAUCAAAAUAUGCAGAAGGUGCUAGAAGAUUUCCACACAAAUUUGAAGAUGCAAAGGUUAUUAAUGUCACUAUUGAGAAAUCAUUUUGGGAUAAGCUGAAUCUUUUUUUGAAAAAUUAUUUACUUACGUUAUUCUUGGGAGUGUCAAUAACCUACAUGAUUCGUACCAUAAAGAAAGAUGAUAAACCAAAAUCAGAUAAGAUGUCAUUACCUGAAAAAAACAUUGAAAAAGUCUAAAGAGUUUAAGUUUGUCUCACUCAAAAGUACAAAUUAAAUGUAUAA